CAGUCAGUUCUGAUCCCAGGAACAACACUCCUACUUCUACCACCAUGUUUGCCAAGGUCGCACUCUUCUGCUUCGUCGCUGUCGCCGCCGCGGCUCCCCUUGAGGAUUACCCACCUCAGCCUUACACCUUCAACUACGACAGCACCGACGAGUACGGCACCCGACUGACCCGCGAGGAGACCGGUGACGCCAACAACAACAAGGUCGGCUCCUACAGCUACACCGACGCACAGGGCAUCUCCCGUACCGUCAGGUACACCGCCGACGCCGAGGGAUUCCACGCCACCGUGGAGACCAACGAGCCGGGAACCAAGAGCUCGAACCCAGCCGAUGCCGUGUACACCUCUAGCGCCGUCGAGGUCGCCCCUGCCCCAGCUGCCGCCAUCGUUGCCAAGCCCGUGGUCGUGCAGUCCACCCCAGCGGCCGUCGCUGUGCACGCCGCCCCAGCCACCGUUGCAGUGCACGCCACUCCUGUUGCUGUGCAUGCCGUCCACCCGGCCCAGUACGCCGUGCACCCAGCCCAGUACGCUGUGCACCCAGCCCAGUACGCUGUGCACCCAGCCCAGUACGCUGUGCACCCAGCCCAGUACGCCGUCGUCCACCCAGCUCCUUUCACCGUCGCCAAGAGCGCUUGAGAAGUUCGGAGACGGUUCGUCCCGACAAAACAGAGCAGGGAGGUUAUAGGUCAGCAGAAAUGAAUUACUCUCUAAAUUGGCCCAAUGCGCAAGAACGAAAAUUUUCCAAAUUUCCACCAUAGCUCUUCAGUAGGCUCAGAAACUCGCCAUCUAGUCUCUCUUGAGUCUUGGUAUUCACAUAUAGAAGUAUUAUUGAUUUAUCAGAAAAUAUAUAUUCCGUUGUUGCCGUUUCUCCUAGAAUAAAUACUGAUGUUACAUAUAAUGCCGA